CUUGUAAAGAUGGUCGUCUAACAUCUAUCGCUCAUUAGGCGGCCAUCUGCAGCACUCAUGCUAAGAACAAUUAACGCACGGAAAGCUACGUGCUUUUUACCUCGGUCUAGAAGCCGCCCCGAAAGAUACCCACAUCGUACGACGCCACCCUCCUUACCUGAACCGCGUAACGUCACUGGCUGCUCUGCUAAUCGACAAAGUACGCUCUAAUUCGUGUUCUCACCCUUCUUUCUCCUACAACUCAUCUCAGCUUCACUGCUGGGAAUUUGCGCUCUAAGUUCGAUACCAUGUCCACCGACGCGUUGAGUUGGGCAACCGACCUCCACCUCGCCGACCUUUUCAGCAAGGCCUCGUUGCGCGAGAACUACCUCUACGUUCUCGCUGCCCUUCCCGUCCUGUGGUUCGUGUGGAAGGCGAUUGAUUACAUUCGCAACCCUCUUCGUCGUUAUCCUCAGUUCUCGGGUCCGAAGGGUUUGCCCAUCCUAGGCAACGUCCUUCAAAUUCAAGAGAAGCAAUGGCUCAAGUAUACAGAAUGGCACAAAACCUUCGGUCCCAUCUACAGCCUCAACUUCGUCGGUCAACCUGUCCUCGUGGUCGGGACAGCCAAGAUUGCCGCAGAUCUCAUGGAACGUCGAUCUAACAUCUACUCCGACAGACCUCGCUUCAUCAUGGCGACCGAGGUUCUCACCGGCGGCAUGAACUUGGCAUUUGCACGUUACGGUGAUCGAUGGAGACGCAUGCGUCGUGCCGCCAAUGGUGGACUCUCCGUUAAAGCUGUCCUCUCUUACACACCCCUCCAAGAAAAAGAGGCCAUCUAUUUUCUGGAUAACAUGUUGCGCGAGAAGGAUCAGUUAGAUCAACAAAUUCGUCGAACUGCAGCAGCAACAGUCCUUAGUGCUGUCUAUGCUUACCCCCCGAUCAAGCUCUCCGACCCAUUAGUACUCAAAGUCGAGAACUACGUCGAACGCAUGCUCAAAGCGGCUCUUCCAGGAAACUACCUUGUGGAUUUCUUCCCGGCCAUGAUGUAUAUCCCCACAUGGAUGGCUAAAUGGAAAAGGGAGGGAUAUGAGUGGUUCAAAAGAGAUACAAAUUUGUUCUUGGGGUUGGUGGACGAGGUCAAGAAGGGUUUGAAAGACGGAACUCGGUCAGAUUGCUUCGUUGGUAAACUCUUGGAGAACGCUCAACAACACGAUUUGGACCCUGUGGAGACCGCUUGGCUCGCUGGUAUGAUGUUUGGCGCGGGGGCCGAAGCUUUAGCAGCCACAUUUGGCUAUUUCGUUCUCGCUAUGGUCCUCUACCCUAACGUCCAAGCCAAACUCCGCGCCGAGGUCGAUAGUAUUGUGGGCACGUCUAGGCUACCUACGUUUAAUGAUGUCAAGUCGAUGCCAUAUUUGCAUGCUUGUAUCAAGGAGACUAUGAGAUGGAGGCCUAUGGGUCCUUUGGCCGUCCCUCAUCGCUCAACACAGGAUGAUGUGUAUGAAGGCCAUUUUAUCCCCGCCGGAACCCUCAUCUUCCCCAACGUCUGGGCGAUGCAUCGUGACGAAUCAGUCUACCCAAACGCAAACGAAUACAUGCCCGAACGAUUCCUCGAGAAAGACGGAAAGACACCAGUCAUGAUCCCUGAAACUAAAGAGCUCGGUCAACAUGCGUUUGGUUUUGGACGAAGAAGUUGUAUUGGGUACCCCAUCGCCAAUAAUGCAUUGGCUAUGAACGCAGCAAGUCUCAUUUGGGCGUUCAAUAUCAACAAGGCGAAAGAUGCAAAUGGAAAGGAAAUCACUCCUGAUGCGGAUGCGGUUUUGGACGAGGGUCUUGCUGUUCGGCCCGCACCGUUUGACUGUGAUAUUCAGCCUAGGAACGCGAGCUUUGCGGAGAUGAUCAAGGCUGCUCGCGCUCAAGUCUAACGCACACAUGUAGAAAGAUUCUUGUUGAUUAUAUGCGCCUUAGAUGGUCACAUUCUCCAGGGUCUACAAGUUUGCUUUCUUCUAUUUCGUAUAGUUGUGAAACAUAUCUUGUACGCAUCUGUUUAGACUUGAGCAUUGUUUUGUACAAUAUUACGCUUUCUGACUCAACAGCGAAAAUUGUCAUACUGCAUGCUGCAUAUGAGUUGUCGACGUCCAAACGGGCGGGUGUCGAAGAAGAAAUUUGAGGGAUGUAC